CUGUGCGUCGAUCCGUCUUUCUUUACUGUCGAUUUCCUUGUCCAUCUUCUCCGCCUCUUUUGGUAAGUUUCGGCCAGCCCGCGAUUAAUGGGGUUGAAAUGAUAAUUUGUCUGGAAUGCUGAACGUUGGUGGCUAGUUAAAGAGUCCGAUAAACGGAUACCCCGCCAUUCCUUUUAGCGUAGAUAUAUCUACUAGCCGUUCGAUCACGGCCCGAAUAACCAAUCCAUCGCAAAAAUGAAGUUCUCAAUUGCAAUUCUAUCAUUCCUUUCAUUUACUGCCGUUUCACUGGCAGCACCCCAUGGCGGUCACGGCGGGAGCGGGGGGGGCGACAGGAACCCUGCCAGCACGGAUCCUAACCGACCGAAAACUUCGCAACCGGCCGGUAACGCGGGAAACAGCUCUCUCGAUGGCCUGGACGAGACUCCGGGAUCUGGUGGAAGCUACAAUGUCAUAGUUGAUGACUCCGACCCGAGAACACUCGACGAGUUGAUUGCGGAGAUGGGGUUAGCGAAGGUGGAUGUGAAAUAUGUUUUCGAUAACUCUGCCUUCAAGGGGUUCUCGGCAAACCUAUCAAGUCAUUGCCUUGACAAGUUGAACACUAUGAGUGGGUUUAAGAUGUUUGAACCGGAAAUGGACGUCCAACUUCACGAUACACUUCCGGGAACUUGGGGGUUGAAGAGAGUUUCUCAGUCCACCCCGGUAUCAACGUCGGGCAGUGACGUAUCUGACUUUGAUUUCGGGAGCUACGCUUUCGAUGGGAGUGCGGAUAGCCUUGGAAAGGGUGUUGAUAUCUAUAUCGUUGACACUGGCGUUAAGUAAGUUCGACAAUCCUGAAUAUCGACCCGCACAAGCUAAUGAGCAACAGUGUCGAACACAUCGACUUUGACGGCCGCGCAACCUUCGGCUUCACCUUUGAUGGCCAGGAGACUGACGACGAAGGCCAUGGAACCCACUGCGCCGGAACGGCCGCCUCGACCACCUUUGGCCUUGCAAAGGCUGCCAAUAUCAUUGCCGUCAAGGUCCUCUCUGGUGGCUCGGGUUCUUCCUCCGAUAUCCUCAUGGGCAUCGACUGGGUCAUCAACAACCAUGAAAAACGUCAGGGCUCUUCUGACUUCCGUGGUUCCGUCGCUUCAAUGUCUCUCGGGUCCGCUACCCGCUCUGCAACCCUCGACGAAGCCGUUAAACAAGCCUCCGCUGCCGGUAUCCACUUCUCCGUCGCUGCGGGAAACGAGAACCAGAACGCCUGCAAUUCUUCUCCGGCCUCCGCGUCCUUGGGAACUGACAUUCUUUCCGUCGGCGCCGUCAAUGUUCGCGACCAGAGGAGUUCGUUCUCCAACUUUGGCCAGUGCGUGAGCGUUUACGCACCUGGUGAGCAAAUUACCAGCACGUGGGUUGGACCGUCGAACGAUGUCAUCAAUACCAUCUCUGGAACUUCCAUGGCUUGCCCCCGUAUGUUUCCCCUUCCCGGCACCAUAUUACACACACGCUAACCUUUUCUAGAUGUCACCGGCCUCAUCGCAUACUACCUCGGUCUCGAUCAGGCCCUUAAGACCGACACCGCCGCGAUGAAAGAGAAGGUUGUCUCUACUGCCCGCCAGGUCACCCUGGACAAGAGCGCUUCAACCGGCGACCCAGGUAUCCUCAUUAACAAUGGGGUUACCAAGCAGUAAAUUUGAGCGGAGAGCGGUAGUUUGAGUGGUUCAUACAUGUUUGUGUUAUCAGGCGUUGUAAGCGUGUACAGCGGUGUACUUUUAGCUUUUCUUUUGUUUCCUCUCUUUUUUCUUCCUUUUUUUUUUUUUUUCGUUUAUUUCGUUCCUUGCAUUUCGCAUUUUGCAUUUUCUUUCGAUCGUUUUUUUUCUUUUGAUUUACUGUAACAUUAUUGCAUUAGCACUUGUCAGGGGGGUGUUGUACAAAAUGGAAGAUUAUCAUACAUGUUUGGGAUUUUGCUGUGGCUUAGUCAGAGGGAAGCUUGUGAAGUGCGGAUUGGCGUACCGUAGGACCUAUGAUACGUAGACCCCUGAUACCAAAGUGCAUGGCUACGAUAUGCAUACGACAGUUCUUCCGUGAGAGCGGCGGCGCACACCCUACGCCGCUUAACCCUUCCC